CGAUGAAGUGAAUGGGUGUUGGAGGCACAACCUGCCGGUAGCCGCCGGUUCUCAGCUGAUCGCGUAUCUCACAAAGUUGGUCCUUAGAUAGCCGCCUGCGACGCUGGCACCUACUAUACGAAGUUUCAUCUGUGGCCCUGUGGUUGCUGCACUGAACGCAAGCCAUGGUAACAGACGGGAAACCGGAACGCUACCUGGACCUUGUGCACAAGGCUUUGUCCAAGGACAGUGACAUCACGGAGAGGAACAAGUCAAUCCUUAAAGAUCUGUUGGAGGGCCUCUGUAAAGAGAUGACCAACGACCGCUUAUUUGCUCUGAUAUUUAAUAGACUGUACUACACUGGAAGCAGCUACGAAGGGCUGCGCAUCCGGCAAGCUGAUGAGUUCGACAUCAAUCUUGUCAUGAAACUGCCUGUUCAGGAAGACGAUUUUAAGCUAGUUGCCGAAAGACCUGGUCAUGUGAGCUACACUCUGACCACGGUUUGCAAGGAACGCCUACAGGAGACCAUGAAAGGGCCAGAAAUGCAGUCUUUGUUUGGCCUAUUCAGCAAAGAUUGCAAGUUUCACCCCUUAUUGUGGCAGAAGUGGUUGCAGUCCGUCAUGGACAAGGCCCUGGGAGCCUAUACUCCACCAAACGGAGUGGAGCUGAAGGUGCGGCAGAGUGGUCCUGCCAGGACGUUGCUGGUGCACCUUUCCGACGGGGGCCGCAUAGACAUAGACUUGGUGCCUGUCUUGGAGCACAACUUCAAAUGUCUUCCUGCGAAUGUACCUCGUCACAAGUGGUUUGAGGAAGUUCUCAAUGAGGAUGACAAAAAGUGGUUCAUGGUUCCGAAGCCGCCCAAAGAUGAUGACACCCUCUGGCGAAUUCACUUCCCAGAUGCCGAGAAGAAGUUGAUAAAGGACUUGGGAUGUAUCAAGCCGACAAUCAGGCUGAUAAAGGUGGGCAAGCUGUUCGGGCUUCUUCUGCGCACUGGAGAUAGGCGGCUGACAUCCAGGUUGUCUUCGUUGGUGACGUGCGGCAGCAUGGUGUCCAGCAUUGUCGCUGGGUUUUUUCCCUGCUCUGUUGUUUGCUGUUUGUAUUUCUCCGAGGAGUGGCUGUUCCGCUUGCAACAAUGUGCUUUUGUAAACGGUAGUAUCGGAUCAAGAUGGGACAUUCAGUGUGCCAUAUUGAGUAUGCAGAAUGAUGUAAGCACAUGUAUUUCAUUGCAGGCUCUGAGGGACAAGCACAAGUGGCCGCUGUCUUCUUACUCUAUUAAGACCGUGGUGAUGCACCACAGACUGGAGAAACGAGACAAAGUGUACUGGCAGAAUGAGCACCAGUGGACAGUGUUGCUUCAAGUCCUUGAGAAGCUCCGUGCAGUGUUGGAUCCUUCUGGGCCAGGUAUUUGUUCUCUCUUGGACAAGAAUGUGAGUCUAAUUCCAGACAUGACAGAAGCCACGAGAACAAACAUAGCCCAACGCCUCCAGAGAAUUGGGAACAGUCUGACCAACAAUCCCGAGAAAGUUCUUGAGUUUUUCCUGGAGACAUCCGCAGUCACCAGUGGAAACUCUUCAACCAUGGAGGAAAAUCUGAGUCGCUCAUUGUUGAGCCUCUCUUUGACAGCCAAUGACGCCUCAACUUCUGAUAUGUCUUCAGACACUGGGGUGUGCAGCAGGGACUCAUCUUUUGACGACGGCUUCAUUGAUAAAAGAACCAGCAGUAGCUCUCCAGUCCGCAUAUCAGCCUGCAUGAAUGAUGUAAACAUUGUUAUCAUACAGAAAGUGGUUAGAAGGGACACGAACCAUCAGAAUGCAGGUAACGAUGUUCAAGUCACAUUGUCUGUUCUAAUUGAUGAGGAUCAUUUACUUGCGGAGACCCGCUGCAGCAUGCAUGGCUCUCAGGACCAGAAAAUAGACGUUCCUGUGGAAAACUCGACGGCACCGUCUUCGUUGGUUGUGAAGCAGUGCUUUGAGCUGACUGCCAAGCCAGCACUGCCUAUACCUGUGGAAUUGGAACUCUCGGUAAUGAUUGCAGGCAGGCAACUUUUGAAGUCGGGCAUGUGCCUGGAAUUACAGCGCUCUGUUGAAGUGUGCCAAGUGCGUCUGCCGUUUCCUCGAAUGAAGCAAUGUGCCAAGUUAUAGCGCUUUGAAGUGUUCCUAAGGAAUCUUGGUCAACAUUUUGGUUCUUAUACACAUUUCCACUGUUUACGCCUCUUGUGUUUUGGUGAUGAGUGUAAGCAUGUGUUUGUUUGUGAUGGCUUGACUUCAGCAGAUAUUGUGGCAGUGCUAGGGAAGCUCCCAUUGAAAAUGUUUAUGCUGCAUGACUCAUUUAAAAGUGCUGCUGAAGCGAUGUUGUUCUAUUGUCACAACAGUGGCUUUAUUUGUUUAAUUCUCCAUCUCCCCACCUUCUAGGUAUACACCACACCUAUUAAGCAUCACUCCUCUAAGAAUGGGCUGCAAGUCUACGGGCAGUGCCUUAUUUUAUAUAGAAACGUUGCAAGGCGAGAAGGUGGCAAAGACUUCCGACACUGCUUGACGAGUGUCCAGUUCUGAUCUGGUCGAAAACGUCCGAGCCGCCGCCAGAGGCUCCGGCAACAGUCACGGACACUGCACGCGUUCGGUGCGAACGUGGGGAAAACGCGGACGGCGUCAACAACAGUUCUGUGCGUUGCUGGUGCUGCUACAUGGGCCCCCAGUUAGUGAAGAGGCCCAGGGAAGGUCGGGAGUCUGAACGAUACAGAACAAUGCUUGCUGGUUGUAGCCGUGGAAGGGGUCAGCGGAUGCAACGAAGUAGCGGCGACGGGGUUGAGAAGGGAGGUAAGUCUUUGCCGCCUUCUUGCCUCGCAACGUUUCUAUAUAAACAAGUUUCUGUUUGUAGAUGUGUGCUUACUCGUGCUUAAGCAACUUCUUCACAUGCAACACAUGCACGCUACAUCUACAAUAUUGGUGACCCGGACGUGAUAACUCCGCUCAGUCUCUUGACAGAUGCGUCAGAUGUGGCAGUUGAAGCACACAUCUACAAAAAGAAACUUAUGUAUAUAGAAACGUUGCGAGGCGAGAAGGUGGCAAAGACUCCCGAUGCUGCUCGACGAAUGUCCAGUUCUGAUCUGGUUGAAAACCUCCGGGCCACCGCCAGAGGCACCGGCGAACGCCACGUGCGUUCGGUGCGAACGCGGGGAAAAUGCGGACGGCUUCGACAAGUUCUUUGCGUUGGUGCUGCUACAGUGUGAUUAAAUUGCCUGCUGGAGAAGGUGACCGCUAGUGGAGCCUGAACCACGACGUGAACCAGUGCAUGUGUGUAUGCUUCAUGUGUGCGUCUAGAGGUGAAUGCCGAUCCGGGGACGAUAAAUGAACGUUAUAAAAAUGAGCCGAUCCGACACUUCACCAGUCUGCUCCGGGAAUGAUAAAUGAACACCGAGCAAGUCCCGGGCAAAUCAGCCGCCAUCAUCACAUCCCAACACCGAACACCGCCAGCCACUUUGGAAGCCAGCCCCCAACGUUGAGGUGCUGACUUCGAGGAGCCACAUCGGUGUGUACAGACUGUCGACGUGCCUGGUUUACUGUACAUUAUUUUUGGUUCUGUGGACUGCUGGCUCCAAAUAUUUGCUGUCCCGAUUACUGUUUAGAAGUUUGGCUUUUACCGAUAGACAUAUAUACUAGUUCAUUUGUUCGUGUUACGAUUGCACUUCGCAUUUGUUCUCUAUUGUUACACCUGUUCUUUGCAAUUGUUGCUCUCCUACCUUUUCUGUCCAACAUAUUCACAGCUACUACUUUAUUACGCCAGUUUGCUUUGUUUUUGAGAAAUCAAAUUAAAUUACUGCUCUUUGCUUGUUU